CAGCCUGGUUCUGCUUAACUUUUUCCCUUGACUUUGACAUUUUCACUUUGACAUCUUCCCUGAGAGGCAAGGGGUGGGGACCCCAGCCCCAGAUGGUGACGUUGGGGGCUGGCCCAGGCCUGGGGUUUGGAGGAGCCUCACUACCGGGCUUCCUGUCUCUGCAGGAGUAACAAGCGCUCUCCCCAGUGGGCUCCUGGUGCCAGAGCUCCCAGCCUUCACAUAGGCACACCUGUGCGAGAAGCAGAAGCAGAAGUAGAGGGGACGAUAGACACAGGCCCAGAGGCCCUGCCCUUAAGCAGGGGAAGUCCCAGGUCCUGGCCUGCCUCAGCAAGGCCACAAUGAACGGAGGAACCUCUUUUAGGAACCUGCUUCCGCUGCUGCAACUGGCCCUGUUCCCAGUGGUCAUUCAGGGACAAGAACUGGUGCUGGGUGAGGCAGGAGGCAUGGCAGAGCUGCCCUGCAAGUCUCCUCAGAAGAAAAGCAUUUACUUCAGCUGGAAACAUUCUUCUGGGACCAUGAUUCUGGGAACUCAGAGCUCCAAUUCCGCACCAGUACUCUUGGUGACAGGUUCCUCCAAGCUGAAAGACCGUGUCGAAUCAAAAAAACUCCAGUGGGACACAGGAUCCUUUCCUCUGAUCAUCAAGAAUCUUGACAUGGAAGACUCAGGGACUUACCACUGUGAAUUGGAGGGCAGGACAACAAAGGUGCAAUUGAUGGUAUUCAAAUUGAAUCCCAAUUUGGGCAACAAAAGCCCCAUCUGCUUACUGCCUGGGGAAAGCCUGACCAUGACCUUGGAGAGCCCUCCUGGUAGUGACCCUUUAGUAGAAUGGAAAGAUCCAGGGAAUAUAACGCAUAAAGAGGGCAAGAGCUUCUCACUGUCCCAGCGAGAGCUGCAGAAGAGUGGCACCUGGACAUGCACCGUUUCCAAGGACGGGAAGACACUGGCGUUCAGCAGAAACAUCAACAUGCUGGCUUUCAAGAAGGUCUCUGACACAGUGUAUGCAAAAGAGGGGGAGCAAGUGGAGUUCUCCUUAGGACUUACCUGUGAAAAUAUAAACCUGAAAGGAGAGCUGAAGUGGCAGAAGGAGGGGGCAUCAUCCCCUAAGUCCUGCAUCAGCUUCUCCUUGGAGAACAAGAAGGUGUCUGUGAACGUUCACCAAGACUGCAAGUUCCAGAUGAAGGAAACCUUACCGUUCUACAUCAGCCUGCCCCAGGCCUCACAUCAGGAUGCUGGUUCUGGAAACCUGACCCUGCUUCUCAGCAAGAGGCAGUUGCAUCAGGAAGUGAAACUUGUGAUGAUGAGAAUGACUAAGUCCCAGAACCAUUUGACCUGUGAGGUGCUGGGGCCCCUCUCCCGCAACCUGAUGCUGAGGUUGAAGCUGGAGGACCAGGAUGUAAAGUUCUCAAAUCAACAAAAGAAAGUGGAGAUGCAGGACCCUGAUUCAGGGACAUGGCAGUGUCUACUGAGUGACAAGGACAAAGUCCUGCUGGAAUCCAAGGUCGAGGUUUUGCCUACUGUAUUCACCUGGGCCUCGCCAAAGCUCCUGGCCAGUGUGCUGGGGGGAAUUGCAGGCUUCCUGAUUUUCACUGGGUUCUGUAUCUUCUGCUGUGUCAAGUGCUGGCACCGCAGGCGCCAGGCAGAGCGGAUGUCUCAGAUCAAGAGACUCCUCAGUGAGAAGAAGACCUGCCAAUGCCCUCACCGGUUCCAGAAGACAUGUAGUCUCAUUUGAGGCGCCAGGCCAGGGGGAGCUUCCCACUUGCAGCCGCCCCAGCUGUCUUCCCCGCAUUCCUCUUGGGCUCCUGGGCCUGCGGACAAAAUGAAUGUGGCAGACCCCACUGGGUCUCCUCUUCCAGAGGCUUACUCACACCACUGCUUCCCCAUUCCCUUUUCAGUCAAACCCUAGCCCUUCUUCGAUUAUUUCUUCUCAACUCUCUCUCUCACUGCUCACUUAGAUCCCAGGGGAGCAUACUGAACCAGUCUGGCCUGGCAUGGAGGGUGAGGCUGGGUGUCUGAAGCACAGAACGAUCAUUUUACAGGAGAGAAUGCUGGGACCAGAGAGAGCAGGAACUAGUCCAAGAUCACACAGCCAGUCAAGGAUAAAUCUAGAUUUAAAGGCUCCUGACUGCCAGCCUCCACCAUUCCAUUCUGCUACACACUCAGGUAACAGCUCACACUUGUGCACAGACACAAUUUCUUGUCACCCAAGCAGCAAAUUCAAUUUAUAAGCCAGGUCAGAUGAUUGCCCAAGGUCACACAGCUGGUAAGUGCUGGAGUCAGGACUGGCCCAGGUCUCUUGACCUCUACUUCUGCUGUUUCUUGAACAUGGGAACAAAUAACCACAAAGCUCUCUGCAACUGGCUAGUCACAGAUGCCCAGUAUGUACCUUAGAAUUCUCAGGAGCACACCACCACAGGUAGGAGCACAUCACCUCAGAGAGUUCAGGAACAUGGAGGAGGGCCUCCCUGCCCACGAAGUCCUUCCUUUAUCACCUGUUUUCAGCAGAAUCCUGUUAUCAAAGGACAAAGCCUUCAGCUCUCCUAAUCAGAGCACAGGUUGGGAGCACAGGCCCUGUGGGAAAGAGUACCCAGUGAUUUGCCACUCACCCUGUGCAGAACCUUCUGGAAGGUGAGCUUUGCCAGGGGGAUGGGGUUGGCACUGGCCUGAGAGUGAACCUUGUGACAGGACCUCCUGUGAAGGGUGAUAGCCUGGGCCUAGUCCCUCUGCCUUAGUCCCCUUGCCCUGCACCCUCCUUCAUCCUUCACCUAAACCAUUCAGGAUACAGGAAAACUGAGGUUACAAGUUCUUGAUCCAGUUCUUUCAGGAUCCCUAGCCUCCUCUGCCUCUCCUUCCAUUCUUUUCUCACCAUCUCCCUCAAUCCCUAUGCCCUUUCCCUUUCUUCCCAGCUUGCCUCUUCCAAAAACACCCAAUUGCCGCCUCGGCUCCCCAUUGCUUGCUUUGUAUUCCUGCCCACUCCCCACCUCUGCCUCCCUGAGCUGACAGAAAAAUACAAUAAACUUACUAUAAACUUA